UCAAUUUUGCCCCUUUGAGAGGGAGCGGCUGGCUCUCAAUUCAGCUACAGAAGCGCAGCUCUGUAUCCGUGGGUGACAGCUCCUGGCUAUUCUCCUGCCUGGCCUCCUCUGAGAUAGCUACAGGAGCCACUGUUUAUAGUCUACCUUCCUUGUCUGGGAAGAAACAGAAAAACCUUGAGGACCUACUACGGCGUCUCCAGGCUCAAAAAAUGUCAACAAUUGGGAGCUUUGAAGGAUUCCAGCCAGUGUCUCUGAAGCAAGAGGAAGAGGACCAACCUUCCAAGAAUGACCACUUGUCCACCAAGGAGGGGAAUUUGGGCAAGGACCCAGGACCAAGGAGGAUUUCAAGACAGCAGAGUAUGACUAAAGCGACAUUGUACCCCAAUCCUUAUCAUCAGCCCUAUGUUUCACGGAAGUACUUUGUUACACGGCCAGGGGCCAUUGAGACUGCUGUGGAAGACUUGAAAGGCCACAUAGUACAGACUUCUGGAGAGACCGUUCAAGGCUUCUGGCUCCUGACAGAGAUUGAUCACUGGAACAAUGAGAAGGAGAAGAUCCUGCUACUCACAGACAAGACCCUCUUCAUCUGCAAAUAUGACUUCAUCAUGCUCAGCUGUGUGCAGAUGCAGCAGGUUCCCCUGAGUGCCAUUUGCCGCAUCUGCCUGGGCAAGUUUGUUUUCCCAGGGAUGUCUCUGGAUAAGAGACCAGGAGAAGGCCUAAGGAUUUUCUGGGGGAGCAUCGAGGGGUGGUCUCUAUUGUCUCGUUGGAACCCGUGGUCCACUGAGGUUCCCUAUGCCACAUUCACUGAGCAUCCUAUGAAACACACCAGUGAGAAGUUCCUUGAGAUCUGCAAGUUGUCUGGGUUCACAUCUAAGCUUCUUCCAGCUAUCGAGAAUGCCCACACAAAUUCUGCUGGAUCCGGAAGUGGCAAGGAACUGAUGGUGUUAACACAACCGAUCCUGAUUGAGACCUACACAGGGCUCAUGUCAUUCAUUGGAAACCGCAACAAACUUGGCUAUUCCCUUGCGCGCGGGAGUAUUGGCUUUUGAGACUCUUGGUUAUAAAGUAUAUUAUCUAUAGAUAAUCAAUUGUUUAAAUUCACUACGUUUUUGGAUUAUUGUAGUUAUUUGCAGAUACUAUUUAAAGGACUGACUUGUAAGUGCUUUAGGAAAUCUAAAGCUUGAUUAAACUGGUAGACAAUUUAGGUCUCAUAUGAGAGAAAUUGAAUUUCCAUCUAUGAUGCAAUUUAUGUUUCAAUUUACUAAUAUGUAAACUUUCCCUCACAUCUUCAUAUUCUUUCCUCAUCUUUAUUUUUAUCUCCUAGACCCUGUUUUACUCUCAUUAGGCUCCCACUGGCUCUGUUAUUUCAGCUACUGUUUAUGAGGGCACUCCAAUCCACAGUUCCCUCUCUGAUAUGUAUCUCAAGAUUCAGGCUCUUCCUUAUGUCUGCCAGUCAUCCCUGGGUCAGUGUUUCCAAUGUCUGCCCCCUUGCCCCCAGCAUUUUCCAAAUCCAGACUUCUCUGUGGUGUAUUUUAUAAUCCAUCCCUGAAACCUGCCGGUUUGGGUGGUUUGAACUCUAUGCCAAAUGCAUUCUGUUAUAGUAAUACAUGGAUAUGUGACAUAGCAUUAUUGUAUCCAAAGUUAAAAUACAUUCUUCUAAGGCUAGAGGUAUAACUCAUUAGCAUAGAGCUUGCCCACCUUGCACAAAGUCUUGAAUUUGAUCCUUAACACUGAAGAAAAAAGGAAAAAUAAAUUACCCCACCUUCCUGAAUUCCAUCCUUCACUCAUAGUGUUGGAUCAAAUUUUCCAUUGUUACCACGGUCUCUUAAUUAGGAUCUCCAUGCCAAGGCUUUUUCAAUUAGUCGAGUACCUUACUGUCAGUUCCUAAAGCACAAUUUGAUCAUAACAUUCUACAGUUGGUCAGUAGUGUCCAGUAGCCCCUUCUCUUUAGCGCCUUUGUUUUUCAAGUAUUUUUCAAUGACAUACCCUCAUCUAAUGAAAUCUUUUGUGGAAUGUCAGCAUGGGAAACAGAAAAAGCAAGAGCACUGUGGCUGCUGUGGCCAUCAGCUGACUCCCUCUGUGGUUUAGUUCGUGAUUUCAGAAAGUUUGGAUUGAAGGCAUAAUUUCAAAACCUUUGUCUUCGUUCAUUUCCUACCCAUUUUUUCCUUUCAUUUCUUCUGUCCUCUUGACUUAGCUGUAACUGAACAACCCAGGCAGUAUGUCAUCUCUUUUAAUUUCUUCCUUUUAAAUAUUUUACAUCUUACAUAUCUUUGCCAUAGAAGCUCUGAAUGGAUCCCUAUAAACAUUAUUACAGGAA